AUGCCCUCACAUGUUUGUCUCUUUACAUUACUGAGAAGGCAUGGAAUUAUUAUCCUUACACUAUUACCGUGUUCCUUCAUCCCCAAGUUCUCAAUAUCGAUUCAGACUAGAUACGAAGACAACAAUGGGACCACUGAAAAUUGCUUGGGGUUAACUGCAGAGGAACUGGAGCAAAGGACAGUCGACUUUCUGGAUAUCGCUUAUGAUGAGAUAAAGCCACAUCAUUACAAGGAGGCAGAAGACCCAAAGUUCUUCAAAUCGGAAAAGACCGGCCGAGGUCCCCUGGUUGAGGGAUGGAGAGAGACGCACCAACCGAUCAUGUGUUGUUACAAAGCUGUAUCUGUCAAGUUUGAAGUGUGGGGCUUGCAGACAAGGGUGGAAGAAUAUGCUCAAGGGGCCAUACGCGAGAUCUUGUUACUUGGACACAGACAGGCUUUUGCUUGGAUGGAUGAAUGGUUUAACAUGACCCUUGAUGAUGUACGGGAAUAUGAACGAGAGAUGCAAGUAAAGACGAAUAUUAAGCUUAAAGCAACACUAGAGAAUGUCGAGGGCAAAGAGGAAGACGAUAAAUCCGAUUCAUCGAAACCCCAAACUCCGAGAACGCCGAAGUCGUCAAAGAGUAGCAGCAGCACCCCCACAGGGGAGAAUAGAACGUGGUUCAACUGGUCGUAAAUACUCAUUCAUUCCGAUCAGAGUUGAUCUCUUCAUGGGCGUGGCUAGUCAUUUUCCAGGAGGGACUCGGGCACAGGCCCGAAAGCGCUAUAAAUUUUAUGUCUUUCCAUUUUUUUUUGCUAUCAUAUUUAAUUAUUCCAAUUCCUUAACAUCCUGGUCCGCGCAUGGAG